UGUGGUCUUCGCGGCCCCGCGGAGCGCAGCGCGGCGUCGGCACCGGCAGGGGCACCGGCGCGGCUUGGGCUCGGGCUCGGGCUCCGGCUCGGGCUCCCGCGGCGUGGGCUGGGCAGCAGCCGGGCGGCGGCUCCGCGGCGCAGGGCAGGGGGCGUCCGCGGGUCCGCGCCCUCGGGCGGCGGCGUCUCCUGGGUCCCGGCAGCCGUCCGCGUGCCCGGGCGCAGGGCAGGUGGGUGCUGAGAAGCUGGCCAAGAGAGGGAAGGUCCCCAGGUCUGCACCGGGAAGGGCUGGCCCCACGGCAUCUCUCUGGCUCCUGAGUGGAGAGGGUGACAGGCAUCACACACCUUGCCCAGUGCUGCUCACUGGGGUCUUCCAGGGUGACUUGGCCUCAUCCUGAGGGUGAGCAGACACUCUUUGGCAUUAGGCAGCCUCUGGGAACGGACAUCUGAACUAGGCUGACCAGGUCAGGCCUGAGACCGGCUCUCCCAGGUGUUCAUGGUGUGAGAAGUUGUCUUGGAUUGGACUUGCUCUCCAACUAGCCAUGGAUUUGGACUCAAUUCCCCAGAGGCAACUGAGCUGGAAGAUCUGGGGUUGCAUAUUAUUAAAGUGUAGAGCUGCAAUGAGAUGUCCCCAUCCCUGAUGAGGAAAGAAAUAACACAGAUGACAAUGAACAGAUGUGUGAAGGAAGCUGGAAGCUACGGUGGUCACUGGGCAAGGAGCUGUCAGGGGAGACUCUCUCCUCUCCCCACUGGGGAAAUGGGGAGUUGUCACUAGGUAGCUGUGAGGAUCAAAUGUUUGAAGCAGUGCUUAAUAAACUGCCAGUCACUCUGCAAAUGUUUGGUUUUCCUAAACAAAUCCUUUCACAGGGACCGACGGCACUUGAUAAUGUGACAAAAACCAGCCUCUUCCACCCCACUGCAGUGACUUUUGCCUGAAAGUGGAGCAGUGGGCACGGCCAACCUUGUCGUUCAUCAAUGCCGCCCCUGGCAGGAUCUGAGGAUUGGUGGCAGCCAUGCCUCCCCCUGCCCCAGCCGCUCCUUCCCCCCCACGCUAAUCUGCAUGGUGUGGGUACCCUUGGGACCCCCGAGGACUGAUUGUCUGAUCUUGCUUCACACCCCCAGUAAGGACUCCCCCAAGAUGUCGCUCGAGUGGCUGGUGGCCUGGAGCUGGUCGCUGGAUGGCCUGAGGGACUGCAUCGCCACCGGCAUCCAGUCCGUGCGGGACUGCGACACCACCGCUGUCAUCACUGUGGCCUGCCUCCUGGUCCUGUUCGUGUGGUACUGUUAUCACGUGGGCAGGGAGCAGCCCCGGCCCUACGUCUCCGUCAACUCCCUCAUGCAGGCUGCCGAUGCCAACGGGCUACAGAAUGGCUACGUGUACUGCCAGUCCCCCGAGUGCGUGCGCUGCACCCACAACGAGGGCCUCAACCAGAAGCUGUACCACAACCUGCAGGAGUACGCCAAGCGCUACUCCUGGUCUGGCAUGGGCCGCAUCCACAAGGGCAUCCGUGAGCAGGGCCGGUACCUCAACAGCCGGCCCUCCAUCCAGAAGCCCGAGGUCUUCUUCCUGCCCGACCUGCCCACCACGCCCUAUUUCUCCCGGGACGCACAGAAACAUGACGUGGAAGUGCUGGAACGGAACUUCCAGACCAUCCUGUGCGAGUUUGAGACGCUCUACAAAGCUUUCUCAAACUGCAGCCUCCCGCAAGGAUGGAAAAUGAACAGCACACCCAGCGGGGAGUGGUUCACCUUUUACUUGGUCAAUCAGGGGGUUUGUGUUCCCAGGAACUGUAGGAAGUGCCCACGGACGUACCGCUUGCUCGGAAGCCUUCGGACCUGUAUUGGGAACAAUGUUUUUGGGAACGCGUGCAUCUCUGUGCUGAGCCCUGGGACUGUGAUAACGGAGCACUAUGGACCCACCAACAUCCGCAUCCGAUGCCAUUUAGGUCUGAAAACUCCAAAUGGCUGUGAGCUGGUGGUGGGGGGAGAGCCCCAGUGCUGGGCAGAAGGGCGCUGCCUUCUCUUUGAUGACUCUUUCCUGCAUGCUGCGUUCCAUGAAGGUUCAGCAGAGGAUGGCCCACGGGUGGUUUUCAUGGUGGAUUUGUGGCAUCCAAACGUCGCAGCGGCCGAACGGCAGGCCCUUGAUUUCAUCUUUGCUCCGGGACGAUGAGAGUAUUUCCCGUGCUGGAGUCGGCGAGAAGGGCCGAGGCGGGGCCUGGGCAGACUGUGGUCCGGUCCAGUCCCUACCAGUGUUACGUUUCCAUGCUCAGAAACCUGCCUCAGCGGAAAGCUCUUAUUUGGGAUUUUAUAUCAUGUCGGGUCCUUCUUUCCCUUGGUUAUUGUAAAUGGAAACUUUUCAGCUUGUAUUUCCUUAGAUUUUUUGUUUUCCUUCCAAUCAUUUGCUUCAGAGACUCCUUUCUGGCCUAACAGCACAUUCCUUUGAUUGGUCCUUGAGUGACCAGAGACUUAGUGCCCUUGUAAGUCUGUCUUCUGUUGCUACUUGGUUUUUUCAGUGCUCUGAAAUAGAGUAACUAAAUGGUUAUUUGUCUGAAUAUAAUAAUGUAAAACUU